AUGAACUACGUCGAAAUCACAGCCAGCUGGCUCUUCUCCAACGCCAAAGGCCGCGAUGCCAAAGCCUUCACCAAGGGCCCAGCCUUCGCCUCGCAUCCAGAGCCCACCAUCCAAAUCACCUCCCCAGACUGCGGCGAGAACGGCGCGACCCUCUCGCCCGACUACAUGUUUGAGGGAGAAGGCCGCUUCCCCGAGCUAAAGUGGGAAUCGGUCGAGGGCGUCAAGCAGUGGCUGCUGAUAUCGGAAGACCCAGAUGCGCCGCUGCCAACGCCAAUCUGCCACGGGAUAUACCUUGGAAUCGACAAGGACAAGUUAUCCGUUACAAACAGUGACUUUGAGCAAGAAAACGAAAAGUCCAGCAGACUAAACGGCGGGUUUUACUACGGCGUCAACCGCCGCAACAGUAUUUACAUCCCUCCCCGACCUCUUCUCAAUCACGGCAUCCACAGAUACUUUUACGACAUCAUUGCUCUAAAUGAGCCUCUGGAUACGACCACCAUCGCCUCAAAGCCCACGAGAGACCAGAUUGGCAAGGAAAUCAAUGGCAAGGUAAUAGCUUGGGGCCGUUGGAUAGGCCAAUGCGAGAGGAGGUGGAAAUAA